UUCCUAAAAUGUAAACAAAUGAGGGCAAAGAAAAAUGCCCUUUCCACUGGCAAAAUUGUUGGCCUUAGGACUCAGGCAGAUGAGCAGACAUGUUGCGGCCUUUGUGAAGACGAAAGCAAAGGAAAAUGAGACAUUUCGGAGCAUUCUAGUUAGGUCUGCUGGCUGGUACCAUGGAGUAUCAGUCCGAUCUUCCCUAGCCAACCUGGGAUUUGGCAAAGUUAAGGAUGUGCAGCCUCUCUCAGAACAAGCUGCCAUAGAACUUGGAGCAGAAAUGAUCAAUGAUCUUGUAGUGAUUUGUUGUGCUUUAAGUAUUUAUCUUUUCAUCGAGUCUAUUCCAAAUCCUAGCCAACGUGCUGAGGCGGAGAGGAAAAAAGAAGAAAUGGACGUGUUAAAGAAAGCUGUUUACCAACAAAGUGUGGAGCUUGAAGAGCAAGCAGUGAGAUUAAAAGAGUUAGAAAAAUUGUUAACUAGCAAAACUAUGUAUUCGUCAACUACGAGUAAAGUGAUUAAAGAUCUUAAAGAGAUUGAAAUUAAGUCACUGUCAGAUAUUACAAAUAAAAAGUCUUAGCAGUCCUUUGAACCAAACUUUUAAAAAUAGUUUUGUUCAGUGAGGUCAUUAGGUGGAUCUUAGAUGAGAUGAUAGCUGAAAAUGUUUUUUGUUUUUUAAUUUUGUUUUGUUUCAUUAUCUUUGAAUAAUUCAUAAGUAAUGCCAGGGGUCGUAUUCAAUAUAAAACUUAUCCAUAGACAUGUCUUUAAAGUGCAUGAUUCACUUCAGCCUAUUAAUUCUGUAUACAGUCUAAUCCAAACACACAAAUUUUACUCUUAGAUUAAGUUAAAUAUAAGUGAGUUAUUGAACGAAGACCCAGAGAUCCUAUUUACAUAUAUAUGUUAUCAAAAAUCCCUGGUAAAUCCUUAGCUUCAACAGUUGUUUGUCUUUUAAUGCCUAGAGCACCCAGUGAUAAACGUUUACUAUUAUGCCAUGGUGUAAUCCGAUAUUGGUGUUUGUGUCUUGAAUUGCAUUAUAAAUUAUGCAUGCCUUUGGUGUGUGAUGAGCAUUUACAUAUUUUACAUGACUUUCUAGUGUUUUGUUUGUUGUUUUUUUGGUGCAAAAUGUUAAACUUUUGCAUUAUUUUUUGUGUACUUUUUUGUUUACAUGUAAUCAUGAUGUAUUUUAAACAAUUUAUUGGUAGAGCUUUAUUCUUUAUUUAUUUCAGUAACCUGUUAGGAAUUGGAUCUAUAAUAAAACAUAAAACCGA